UUUUCAAGUUCCUACUUCAUGUAUGUCAAAUGACAUACUCUUUAGUUUCUUUAGGAUCUUCAGCCAUUUGUGACAUGAGAAUCCAGAGAUUUUAAUUUAGUUUGACCAUGGAAUAUUUAGUUUAAAUGUGUACAUUAAGACAGGAGAUAUAAAUUAAGCAGAACUCCGUUCCAGGCAUUCUUAGCAUAUCAUUUGGGAGGUGUCCUGAGAUACUUUGACCCAUUAAUCAUACAGCACUAUGUAGAUAAGCUAGAUAUAAUACAUCACUGAGUAACGCAGACACCAUCUUAAGUAAACUCACAUUUGUUGAGCGAUCACAGUGAGAAGCUUUGGUCUUUGUGAACAUCUGACAUAUACAAUGGGCCAUUCAGGAUCCAGACACAAACCUGAAGCCCGCAUCCUCCUCUUAGGGCUCGACGGAGCUGGAAAAUCAACACUUCUUUACAAACUGAAGUACAAUGAGGACUUCCACACGGUUCCUACUAUUGGAUUCAAUGUAGAAAUGAUCGAAGCGAAGAAGAACAAGGACAAAAUCACCCUGACCGUGUGGGACGUUGGAGGGCAGGUUAAGAUGCGAGCGUACUGGAGGAAUUUUUACCAGGACACCGCUGGAAUUGUGUUCGUCGUGGACUCUUCUGAUAUUAAGCAUCUGGACAUGGCCAAGAGCGUACUGGAACAGACCUUAAAGAGUGACCUCCUCAGGGGACUCCCGGUGGUGGUUCUUGCCAACAAGCAAGAUAUUGUAGGAGCUGCAGCGGUAACUGAGAUCACAGAGCAGUUUAACCUGAUAAAGAGUUGCAGUGAUCGAGACUGGUUCAUUCAGCCGUGUUCGGCGCUGACUGGAGCGGGUCUGGUGGACGGCUUCAGACGAAUGGCACACCUGGUGAAAAUGACACCUGAGGACAAUAACAUCAAAGAGACUGUGAAGUAUAUAAGAUCAAAAUCGGGUAUGUCAAUGAAGAAAUAGUCCACAUGGUAACUUAUUAACCACUUUUUAUGGAAGGUUAUGUACACAAUGCUACUAAAUUUGGAUAGUUCAUAACAUGUGAACUGAAUGAAAAAGCAGGCUACUGAAAGAUACCGAACGUUAUACUUGGGUUAUAAAUGAAUUAUUCUUAAAUUCAUUAAUAUAGUAACCAAGACUGUUUAGAAAGAUACAAAUCUUAAAUGUCUGUAAUGAAAUAAAUGCCCAUACAAACAGCAAAACUUGCUAACCACACGUACAAAAAAAAAUUAUGUAAACAUUAGCUCAUACUAGUUGCUCAGAAACAUGUGAACUGAAUGGGAAGUUGAGUUAUAAGGAACCAUAAAAGGGUCUAAAUAUUACCUUGAAUUAAUUAAAUGUAUUUAACAUGCUGUAAAGUAUGUAAAGAACUUAUACAUUUUUAUUUAAUGUACAAUUUUUACUUCCAUUUGUUGUAGAACACAUACUUGAUAACCAGACUUUUAAAAGGUUAUGUAAAUAUCAUGUAAAGGUAAAAGGUACCAAAUGUUGCUUUAAAUUAUAUUUCAUGAACAUGUG